AUGCCUACCGCACUGUUGAUCGGCGACAUCACUCAUGCCCGCAAGGAGUGGGAGGAGCUGUCAUCCAUUCUGACGCUCAAGGAAUUCCCCAACGGUACCAGAGAGGAUUUUAUCCGCAAUUGCAAAGAGGGUCAAUAUGAUGAUGUUCUGGUCAUUUAUCGCUCCAAUACUUCUACAAAGUUUACGGGUCCCUUUAAUGCAGAGUUACUUGCUGUUCUUCCCAAGUCGUUGAAGUAUAUUUGUCACAAUGGUGCCGGGUAUGACAAUAUUGAUGUCAAGGGGUGCACCGAGAAAGGAAUCGCCGUGUCCAGCACGCCCGUCGCUGUUAACCAUGCUACAGCUGAUGUAGGUAUCUUCUUGAUGAUCGGUGCCUUGCGACAGGCCUACGUGCCGUUGUCUGCUCUCCGGGCUGGCCAGUGGCAGGGCCAGGCUACAUUGGGCCGUGAUCCCCAAGGAAAGGUGCUAGGAAUCCUCGGAAUGGGAGGCAUCGGCAGGGAAAUGGCCAAUCGCGCAAAGGCCUUCGGAAUGAAGAUCCAGUAUCACAACCGGUCCCGAUUGUCGCCCGAGCUCGAGGGAGACGCUACAUACGUGUCGUUUGAUGAAUUGCUGGCUAGCUCGGAUGUCCUUAGUUUGAACCUGGCUCUUAAUGCCUCUACCCGUCAUAUUAUUGGCGAGAAGGAGUUCCAGAAGAUGAAGGACGGCAUUGUCAUUGUUAACACCGCUCGUGGUGCGCUGAUUGACGAAAAGGCGCUGGUCGCUGCUUUGGAUUCCGGAAAGGUCUUGUCGGCUGGCUUGGACGUCUAUGAGAAUGAACCGGUUAUAGAGCAGGGUUUGGUGAAUAACCCCAAGGUGAUGCUGUUGCCACACAUUGGAACCAUGACAUAUGAGACACAGAAGGACAUGGAGUUGUUGGUGCUGAACAACUUGCGCUCGGCGGUAGAGAAGGGAAAGAUGAUCACUCUCCGGAAGGCCGAGACUUGGCCUGCGGCCCUGUCCGUAGUGAGUGGUACUGCCGGGCGGUGUGGGCUUUCCUUACCAGCAGCGGCCCUAGUCCGCUUUGAGCUCGCUAAAGGGUUAACCCUAGGAAAUGCCAAGAGCGAAAAAGCGCACCACAACGAGACUUGCGAUCUCGAAGUUCCAGCGGCCGACCGAAAGAAAAGCGACAAAACUUCUCACCCGACAUCGAGGACCACCCCGCUCGGCAACCACAUCAAGAUGGUCCGUUACGCUGCUCAGGACAUUCCGGCCACUAAGAGCGCCCGCGCCCGGGGCUCUUACCUGCGCGUCAGCUUCAAGAACACCCGUGAGACCGCUCAGGCCAUCAACGGCAUGAAGCUCCAGCGUGCUCUUACUUUCCUUGACAACGUCACCAACAAGCUUGAGGCUGUCCCCAUGCGGAGGUUCGCUGGCAGCACCGGCCGUUGCGCUCAGGGCAAGCAGUUCGGUGUCAGCAAGGCUCGCUGGCCCGAGAAGUCCGCCAAGUUCCUCAUCGACCUCCUGAAGAACGCUGAGGCCAACGCCGACACCAAGGGUCUUGACACUGGCAACCUUGUUGUCAAGCACAUCCAGGUCAACCAGGCCCCCAAGGGCCGCAGACGCACCUACCGUGCCCACGGUCGUAUCAACCCCUACAUGACCAACCCUUGCCACAUCGAGCUCAUCCUUACUGAGGCUGAGGAGGUUGUCCAGAAGGGUCCCGUUGUCAAGGAUGCUCAUCUCUCCUCUCGUCAGCGUGGCCUCCAGGUCCGCCGUGCCAUCCAGGCAUAAGCGGUUCAUGGGUGUCGGGGGGUGAGGUAGUCGGAAAAUGAAUGGGAAAGCCGGAGUUUUCUGUUGUACGGAACAAAUACCUUUUCACGGAAGGAAUACAAAAGAAAUUUCUACAAACUGAACAACCCUUCGAAAUAUAUGGGUGGAAGCAUCAGUUCUUCCCUCUUGUCAUGAAUAUCUCCUUAAGCGUUGAUCAUACCCCGAAUAUCUCACGAUCACUAUGUGAUUUCUCGGGGAAAGGGAUCAUUUGUUUCAAUAGUCCCCUGGCUUUGCAGACAACCCAUGGUGCCUUGCAAUAAAUGGAUGCUUGGCUAGGUACAGGCUGGAUCGGACAUUUUAUUCUCAUACUUCAGGAUACUGUUGAGCUUUGUUUCACGAAUGGGAUACGGAAAUCUAUAUUAAUGAGGUUCAGGAGAAAUGCCCAUGAUCUUGCUUG